CACCAGACUCCGGCUGGAAAUCCCCACCUCAUGACAGCGCUUCCUGCUCGCUGGCUCAUGGAGGCGCCUUCUCUCUCUCUCGCUCUCAUGCGCGCGGGGGGAAACAGGGUCUGAAUCCCCACGUCAGCACAUGCUGCUCGCACACAAAGACGCAGCAGACGGCGGGGACGCCAUAAACACGCGUCGCCGUUCGUAUGAUUUACAGCAGAAUUCGGAGCAGACCGUUAUAAUAAAGAGGCGGCUUUCUCAUUCAUGCGCAGCCGCUCGCAUUGAGGAAACCAAGCGCGUGCCAUCAUCGAAAUAAAAAUAAGUCGGUGGCGAUUGAAGCACACGAGCGACCGAGUCUGCAGCGAGACAGGAGGGGAAUGUCGAAGAAAUCAAGUCAAUAGAAGCUCAAGUGGCAGCAGGCGUCGAGAGCGUGACGUCACUGCUCCACAUUGCGCGCUGGCGGAGUCAGUCAGAUAGAGCGCGCGGCGCGGGAGUGAAGUACACACCGACAUGAACUUCUCCCCGUGAAACUUCGCCGCCGUCGCUCCACUCAGUCGGGACCGGACCACGGAGCUUGCUCUUUUCCUCGUUGGUUUGUUUUUCUUUUUCUUCUUGUUGAAGCAGGGGAGCUCUUACGAGGAGAAGGCCGGACUCGAAGGUAUUAUUUGGGGGCUUUCUUUGAUCCGAGAGGGGCGAGCAACAUGUCGUCCGCGGCGGUCGCGGCUUCUUCCAGGAGGCAGUCGUGCUACUUGUGCGACCUGCCCCGCAUGCCCUGGGCCAUGAUCUGGGAUUUUAUCGAGCCCGUGUGCAGGGGAUGUGUCAACUACGAAGGAGCUGACCGCAUCGAGUUUGUCAUCGAGACCGCCCGGCAGCUGAAGAGGGCGCACGGCUUCCAGGAGGGCAGGUCUCCCGGGCCGGGGAAGUCGCAGCUCUCCGGGAAGGAGAUCCAGGCGAUGAACCACGCAGCCGCGGGAGAGCCGGGCUCCCGACCGCCUCAGCCGCUGGACCGCUACCCGCUCUCCUCCGAUCGCCCCCCCAGGCUGGGUCCAGAGUAUCAGUCUGGCCGGCAGGCCAACGGCAUCCCGGUCCCGAACGGAUUUCCUAAGCCAGACGAGCCGCCUGAGCUGAACCGCCAGAGCCCGAACCCGCGCAGGAGUAGCGCGCUACCGCCGAGCCUGAUGCCGCUGGUGAACGGGAGCAUGCAGCCGGUGCACGCCGUCAACGGCCGACCGGGACAGAUGGGUCUCCCCUCGGCAGAUCUGGGCGGCAAGAGACCCGCCUCGGUGUCCAGCAGCGAGCACGACAGAGAGGGCAAGGAGAAGCACCGGGCGGACAGUCUCACCCCGGAGAUCUCGGACGGCCACAAAGGCAGGACGGAGGCGGAGUGGCUGGGCAAGGGCAAGACGGUGAGGGACCUGAUGGUGCUGCACACCUUCGACAGCAGGUACAAGAAGGACCAUGCCAUGCAGCCUAGAGUCAUGGGCUACGAGAGCAGCGCCUCGGCGUCCAAGUCAGACCGUGGAAAGAACCCCCGGAGCAUGAAGAGAAAGGCUUCUCCCGAACCGGAGGGAGAAGGAACGGCGGCCAAGCUCAACGGCGAGGGACAGCAAUGGUUGCCACCGCCUGCUGACGGACUGAAAAUGCCACCGGUUCCCCCUCCAAGCUUCGCCUCUCCCCCUUCCACAAUAUCCCCCCACUCCCGCACCACCCCGCCAGAAGCGGCUCAGAACGGACAGUCUCCCAUGGCGGCACUCAUCAUGGCGGCGGACAACGCAGGUGGGAACAGCUCCCCCAAGGACGCCAACCAGGUCCACUCCACCACCCGCAGGAACAGCAACAGCCCCCUGUCGCCGUCCUCCGUGAGUCAGAGGAGGCUGGCGCAGAGGGAGGGGUCCGGCGCGGGGACCCCCCACGUGCCGGGCAUGGACCAAGGGCACCCCCAAAGCAUUCCGGACUCCUCGGUACCUGGUAGCAUACCCCUGUGCUGCACGUUGUGCCGCGAGCGCUUGGAGGACACGCACUUUGUUCAGUGCCCGUCAGUGCCCUCUCACAAGUUCUGCUUCCCAUGCUCGAGGGAAAGCAUAAAGCAGCAAGGCGCCACCGGCGAAGUGUACUGUCCGAGCGGAGAGAAGUGUCCCCUCGUGGGCUCAAAUGUACCGUGGGCGUUCAUGCAAGGAGAGAUCGCCACCAUCCUUGCAGGAGAUGUCAAAGUAAAAAAGGAGAGGGACCCUUGAUUUGGCCCGCAUACUUCUUUUGGGGAGGGGAAGCAAAUAUAUGAGUAUAAAUAUAUAAAUAUCACAUACAUACCAUUCAAAACAAACUAACGGACUUGUACAUAUUGGACCCAAGGGAAGAGUAUACUUCGUAAACAUGGUUGUAUAAUUUUUGAUUUUUGAAUACAUUGUGUUUCUAUAUUUUUGAAGAUAAAGGUAUGUACUCAUCAUAAUGGACUACGUUCCUCUUUGUUGAUGUUUAACAAAAUUCUUGAUGUACUUCUAGGUCUGGUGGCAGUUCCUGUUUAACGUAGAAUGUGACUAAUGCUACUCUACGAGCACUUGGCAAAACUGAAAUGCUUUUAGCUGUACUUGUAUGCACUUGUUUAAAAAUUGCCAAAUACAAUUUCUGAUCUUGUAUGAA